AUGAGGACCAUCAUACUCCUCACCCUGCUGGCCCUGGCCAUACUCUGCUUCACUGGCCAGGCAGAUGCGAAGCCCCAUGGUGCAGAGUCUGGCAAAGAUGCAGCUUUCGUGUCCAAGCGGGAGGGCAGUGAGGUGGUGAAGAGACCCAGACGCUACCUGGAUUACUGGCUGAGAGCCCCGGCCCCCUACCCAGAUCCCCUGGAGCCCAAGAGGGAGGUGUGUGAGCUCAACCCAGACUGUGAUGAGCUGGCUGACCACAUCGGCUUCCAGGAGGCCUAUCGGCGCUUCUACGGCACCAUCUAG